AUGGGCACCAUCAAAGGUGUGCCCAAUAUAGGCCUAUCUUACUAUACCACAAAGUCAAGACAGGAGGAAUUUGAGAAAACCUCAAAUGAUGUCAUCAUAUUCUUUGCCAUUGCAUAUGUAAUUGUCAUCUCAUUUUCAAUAGUUGCUUGCAUCAGGUUUGACAAUGUUAGAAAUAAGGUGUGGAUGGCCUGUCUAGGUGUCUUUUCCACUGGCCUUGCUGUGCUGGGUAGCUUUGGCCUGCUGCUUGCCAUGGGUGUACCCUUUGUCUCAACAGUUGGAACAUCCCCUUUCUUGAUCCUUGGAAUCGGUGUUGAUGACAUGUUCAUCAUGAUCUCAAGCUGGCAGCAGACCAACGUGAGGGACAGCGUGCCGGAGCGGCUGUCCCACACAUUCGAGACAGCCGCCAUCUCCAUCACCAUCACCACCCUCACCGACGUGCUUGCCUUCUUCCUCAGCUACAGCAACCCGUUUGGCUCGGUGCAGUCCUUCUGCCUGUACACAGGCACGGCAGUCCUGUUCUGCUACAUCUACAAUGUCACCUUCUUCGGAGCAUGUCUGGCACUGAAUGGGCAAAGGGAGGAGAGCAACAGGCACUGGUUCACCUGCAUGAAGGUUCCAGAACAACCACCACAGGGAGGCUCUAGAGCUUCUGGUGUUUGCUGUGUGGGAGGGACUUACGACCAUGACACAGGGACAGAGGUGGAGUCGCCCAUACAGAAAUUCUUGAGGCAGUACUAUGGGCCAUGUCUGGUUUCAACUUGGAUGAGGGUUUUUGUCUGUCUCCUCUAUGCUGUUUAUCUUGCUGUGGCGAUUUAUGGGUGUGUAACCAUCAAGGAGGGUAUAGAUCUUGGGAACCUAGCUAAUGAUGAGUCAUACAUACAUAAAUACUAUAAGAGCGAGAAGACAUAUUUCUCGGAGUAUGGGCCGAUGGUGAUGCUGGCAGUGAAGGACACGUAUCCCUACUGGGAGGAGGGGGCACGUCUCAGACUCGACAUGUGCAUAGAGCAUUUUCACAAUCUGACCGAGGUCAACCCAACCUAUUCUGUGUCAUGGCUUCAGUCUUUUGAAGAGUUUGCAAAUAAUACUCAAGGAAUUGUAAACUCAGAGGCUACAUUCACAGAGAGCCUGUUGUCCUUUUUGGACCGAGAUCCAAUGUUCAGAGAGGACCUCAAGUUGUCAUCUAACAACACGAUUUACGCAUCACGCUUCUUCCUCCAGACUGUUAAUAUCACCUCUUCCGAAAAGGAGAAGAAAAUGCUUGAGAACUUCAGGAACACCAGAAAUGACUGCCAAUUAUCUGUGGAGGUGUAUCACCCAACCUUCAUCUACUAUGACCAGUAUGUUGUGAUCACGGCCAUCACCAUUCAGACCGUGGUGGUGGUUGCCGUGGUGAUGCUGAUCAUAUCCUUGCUGCUCAUUCCGAGCCCUUUCUGUGCCCUCUGGGUGACCUUUGCCAUCGCCUCGGUCAUCAUGGGCGUGAUUGGCUUCAUGACCUACUGCGGCGUCAGCCUGGAUUCCAUCUCCAUGAUCAACCUGAUCAUCUGCAUCGGCUUUGCCGUCGACUACUCUGCUCACAUCUCGUACGCCUUUGUCUCCAGCCCAAAAACGAACGCCAACGAGAAGGUGGUGGAGGCCUUGUCCAGCUUGGGCUACCCCAUCCUACAGGGGGCGCUCUCUACACUGGCAGGUAUCGUGGUGCUCUCCGUCUCCAGGAGCUACAUCUUCAGGACGUUCUUCGUGAUCAUGUCUCUCGUAAUCCUGUUUGGGCUGCUUCAUGGCGUCGCCUUCAUUCCUGUAUUUUUGAGCUUUCUGGGGACAUGCAGCAAACAAAAAACAGAAUCAGUGACACACUGA